AGCAAUUGAGUGAACACUUCCUGUCAAGUUUCUAUCGAUUAUUGGUUGACUUCUGAUUGUCGACUCUCAUUUGUUUCUGUAAUGCUGGAGAACAAUCGCCGCUCGCGACGCGAACAGUGACGUCAGAGUUGCGGUAGGCUAGGCGGCGCGGUGGGCCAGUCGUACGUGACAUUUGAUCGUAGGAACGCUUACGUGAUUUGUAUUUGUUGUUGUUCAGUAGUGUUUGAUUGUUGUCGUUGUCCGACGAAAUAAGACAAUGUACGUGCAAUUUUCUGUAAUGUAGCUCCGUGCAAUUGUAUCUGGAACGUAAAGAGCCGUCGCGCCCAGUUGUACCUGAAAUGUUCUCAAAAUAAAGUGGGCUAUGGAUUUUCUACCAUGGACAUGAGUGUGACAGGUGUUUUUUGAAUACUUAAAAGUACCUGUUUUCCUCGUGAAUACGACCUUGAAAGAAUUGCCAGAGACAUGUCUGAGUCGUACGAUUUCCUCUUUAAAUUUUUGGUGAUUGGGAGUGCGGGCUCGGGGAAAUCUUGCCUAUUACAUCAGUUUAUUGAAAGUAAAUUUAAAGAUGAAAGUAGCCAUACUAUUGGAGUGGAAUUUGGAUCAAAGAUUGUGAAUGUUGGUGGCAAAUCUGUGAAGCUGCAGAUAUGGGAUACAGCAGGACAAGAGAGAUUCCGGUCAGUGACUCGCAGUUAUUAUAGGGGAGCUGCUGGUGCUCUUUUGGUGUAUGACAUUACCAAUCGUGAGUCAUUUAAUGCUCUUGCAAAUUGGCUCUCUGAUGCACGUACUCUUGCCAGCCCCAACAUUGUCAUUCUUCUUGUGGGUAAUAAACGAGAUCUUGAAGACGACCGUGAGGUUACAUUUCUUGAGGCCAGCCGAUUUGCACAGGAAAAUGAAUUAAUGUUCUUGGAGACAAGUGCAAAGACAGGAGAAAAUGUGGAAGAGGCUUUCUUGAAAUGUUCAAAAACUAUCUUAGCAAAGAUAGAAACAGGGGAACUUGACCCAGAGCGUAUUGGAUCUGGCAUUCAGUAUGGUGAUUCUGCCACUCGUCGCUUACAUCGAGAAGGUGGUCGCCGGCAACCUGAUUGCAUCUGCCGUAUGUAACAUGAGGUGGCAAGAAGUUAAUGUUUGCCCUUCAGUUCUAUUUUUCUUCGUCAUGAUACUUCCACAUUUCACAUACUGAUUCAUUGGUUGUUGUUUCACACUUUCAUUGUAUAAGAUACAGACUGUGUUAAGAGGAGUGGGCUAUUGAUGCAAUGCAAAGGUAACACCACAUUCUCUGUUGCUUUGACAGCUGACAUAGCCUGUGUGGCUGUGCCUUGCAAUUAGGUAAUUCUGUAAGAUAAUGUAUAUUAAAAAUGCCUAGAAAAGUAGAUUGGACAAAGUGUGUUGCCUCUUUAAUUUAAUAUUGUGGUGUAAUUAAGAAUUUGCUGAGCUUAGAUAUGGAUAACCAAUAUUAAAUAAAUAUUCAUCCAUACUGAUAAUAGCUUGGUAAUAUAUUUCUUUUGUAAGUUGUUGUAGUUGCUUUUUUGCUAAUCAGGAGAUUAGCUUUUCAAAUUGUUAACAAUGCACUUUUGAGCAAUUACUGUUACAGUUGAAAACAAAAUGUUAAAACCUGAUGGUUGUGAAGCAUCAGAGGUACAUGAAAGAAAUACAGCAUUUCAGAAGAUGGGUGCUGGUACAAUUGCUGAAAUGCUGAUAAUAUUUAAAUACAAGUUUAAGUGUUUUUCUUUCUUUUCUUUGCCACAAUUAAUCAAAACGCUGAAUCUUCUGUAAUGUAAAUACACUGUACAUUGUACACAGGUCUGCUUGUUUCAGCCAAGCUGUAACUUGUGUAUGCUGACUAUUUAAUGUGCCCUGCUGGACAAUAAAAGUCAUAAAACCACUUAUCAUAGUAUCUGUUCCUUUGUAAUGUUCCAUCUUUCAAUCACUAUUCCUGUAGAGCAUUGGUCUAUUUGUAAUUGGAACUUGGUUACCACACACCCAUACUUAACAUUGCAAGCCUGACACUCUUGUCACGAUUACAUCACCUCAGAAUAGGAUCAUUAGCAAAGCUUUUUUUCUGUUAAGAUUUUGAAUAAUCUUAUUCUUGAACCUGGGGUAUUCAAGUUAGCUGGGAAAUCAUCCAUUUUGUUGUUUUGUAAUAACAGGUUUCAGAAUGAUUUUAUAUUUCACUGAAAAAAUUUGAAUUGGAUAUAAUGUAAAACAUACAUUGGGAUUAAGAACAAAAAAUGAGAAAAACAAAGUAACUUCACAUUUGUGCCCAAAUUGCUGAAAAUAGAAUCUAGAACUUCCAUAACAAUUCGAAAAGUUCAGGUACCAUUCACAACAAAUUCCUUCCUUUCAGAACUCUCCUGAGAUUACUGUUUUUUGACUAAAUCCAAAUACUAAACACUUUGUGUCAUGGGUGAGAAGAUCCUCUCCUACUCUUUUCCCCCUAAUAAAUUCAUAACUUUUCUUGCAUUUCAUGACUUGUGGAUGAAAGUUAUUGAUUGUUUGCAAAGACUGUAUUAUCCGACACAGGAGACAGCAGUACAACACUUCUAUGAACUUGUAAUUGUAAAUAUAUUUAACUUGUAAAAUAGUUUAAUAUAUAACACAGGCAAUAGCUAUGCUUAGUUGGAGACCCCUCUUGUAUAAUAUACUGUAAUAAUAAAAUAGCAAAUUAUUUCAGUUCUCCCUUACUUCAUUACAUUACUAUUGAUGCUAGAUUUAAGCACCUUAAAUUUUAAAAACCGCAUUUUGAAAACAAAAGCUUUAUAAAAACUAAAAUUUAGUAUUUUGUACCAUUUGUUGCAAAAAUUUUUAUGGGAGGUUCCUGAGGUCAAAAUGUUUUUGAUGCUCUUUGGGUUUUCUCAUUAAAAUUGGGAAGUGGGGGAAACAAAUUUAAUAUUGUGUCAUUUUGGAGCUUCAUCAAAUAUUUAAAGAAGUAAUUUUAAAUCCAAAGAAUGUUUCCUGUCUUUUAUAGAAUAGGCUUCUGAAUAACUUUCAAAGGAGAGGAAAAGGAUUCUGUUGCAAUUUGUAAAUACUUUUUAAAGGUUUUGUAUAUUGAAUGAAAUAAAAUUAUAUAAAUACCUAUUACCUAUAUGUAACACAAUCAAUGGAAAACUGAGGGGAUAUUUCAAUGUUGCUUCCUUUAACCUAUUUCUUCUGCCAGCAACAAUUAAACUACAUUGACCAAAAUAUCUUCAGCUUCUACAGUUGGACACUGUCAAAUUAAAUAUUUACGAACAUUGAUGUGUUGUUGUCGAUGUCACAUCCCUAGUUAGAGAGUGAAAAUGAAGUAACCCAUAAAAUUCAAUUUGGCCAUUAAAUAUCAGAUUCACAACAGUUUUGCAGAUCGAAAAUCUUCAGAAAGUUCGCAUUAUGAUCAACUGCUAAAACCUACCAUAUCUAUUAAUUACCUUUCUUUCUCUAUUAAUUAAAAAUUAUCAUGAAACCUGUCUUAAAUGGUCACUAAUGGUUACAUUGAAAAUUGGCUUUUAAUUGUGAUAAUUGUUAUGAAAUAAAAUGGUUUCCAUAAAGUCCUUUUAAAUACCUUAAACUACAACUUGCAC